UUAUAACCUUCUUCUUAACGAAGAUCUGCUACAUUUAUGAUUCAGGCUUAGCUUUUCUUCUCUUCCCCCAAUUAUCGAGAUUUCUAGGGUUUCGAUCUUCGCUGCACUUUUGAUUUCUCCAGGAUUCGAUUCUCUCUGGUUUUAUCGCCAAUUUCGCCUCGAUUCGCUCAAUUGCAUCCCAUCAGUCCCUCUGAUCGGCUUCGUCUCUAGGAGGAAGACUCAGUUAUUUUCUUAUCUAAGCGAUUCUGAUGCUCGUUAGGGUUGGUUGCUGGCUAAUUUGAUGAGGAAGAAGCGGAAAGGUAGCGAAACUGAGGGUUCCGAGAAUUUACAAGAGGAUUUGUCAUCAUGUGCCACUGGUUCACGAUCAUCCAACUUCAGGUCGCAUUUUUCGCUAGAGGGUUACGCUAGACUUAAGAAGCGGUGCAAGGAGAAUGAUACUGUCGACGAGGAGUCCGUUGGUUCCUUCAAGAGACGGCUCGCCGGCGUUGCUACCGCCCCUCCUUGUGGUGCGUCUUCUUUGGUUUCGUCAGGGAGAGGUUUGAAGAGGAAGAUUGGGUGCAUUGACGUUUCCACGCAGACUGGCAGGAAGAAUAAGAUUGACGAUGAUUAUGUUUUUGGUCCUAAUAUUGGGAAAGGUAAAUUCGGGUCGGUUAGGAUCUGUAGGUCGAAGAAUAACGGGAUUGACUUUGCUUGUAAAACUCUGAAGAAAGGGGAGGAGACUGUUCACAGGGAGGUUGAGAUAAUGCAGCAUUUGUCCGGUCAUCCUCGGGUUGUCACGUUGCAUGCUGUGUAUGAAGAGUCUGAUUGUUUCCAUCUUGUGAUGGAGCUGUGUUCCGGGGGACGUUUGAUUGAUCAGAUGGUCAAGGAGGGAAAAUAUUCUGAGCAGCGAGCAGCUAAUAUAUUCAAGGACCUCAUGCUAGUUAUCAAAUAUUGCCACGAGAUGGGAGUUGUGCAUAGAGAUAUAAAACCUGAGAAUAUUCUCCUAACAGCUGCUGGGAAGAUUCAGCUUGCUGAUUUUGGACUUGCCAUGAGAAUUGCAAAAGGUCAAACAUUGUCUGGAUUGGCGGGUAGUCCUGCUUAUGUUGCACCGGAAGUUCUCUCUGAAAACUAUUCAGAGAAAGUCGACAUUUGGAGUGCAGGAGUCCUCUUAUACGCUCUCUUAUCUGGUGUGCUCCCGUUUAAGGGAGACUCUUUGGAUGCAAUUUUCGAAGCAAUCAAGAAAGUGAAGCUUGAUCUCAACUCGGGAGUGUGGGAGUCAGUGUCCAAACCAGCCCGUGAUCUGUUGGCAAGAAUGCUAACAAGGGAAGAAUCGUCCAGAAUCACAGCGGAUGAAGUGCUAAGGCAUCCAUGGAUACUCUUCUACACAGACCGGACACUCAAGACGAUGUGUAUCAAGUCCAAGCACAAGAAUCAAACAGGACCUCCUCCAUGCCUCCAGAUUCGCAGCCAAAUAGAGAAAAUUGACCUAAACAGAGCGAACAGAGAGAAGAAGAAGACAACAUCUGAUUCACCGACUGAUUCAUUCUCCAACACAGAGGAGGAAGAAGAUGAGAGCGGUGUGGUCGAUGUGCUUGUGGUUGCGAUCUCCAACGUGAGGAUCUCAGAACCAAAGAGAAGCAGAGUCUGUAGUCCCACAAGCAGCCCCAUUGAACAGCAACACUCUUCUAACCUGACCACGACUAAUACACUAUGUCAAGCCUUCUGACAAAACCAGCUUCACACACACACAUAUAGGCUUCUCCCAAGUCUCAAAGUCACGCAUAUGAUCUUAGUGACUGUAUUAUGUCAUAAAUCAUAAUAGCUCUCUAAUAGUUGGAUUUGAUUUCAUCUGAUUCUGAUUGUCCCUUCUCCAUUCCUGACUAUGUUGUACAGAUCAUGUAAAUAUAGAAAUAUUCCAAAAUGUUUGAUUCGA